UUUCUCCUCCACUUGUCGCCACCUUCUCUCCUUGUCCUCAAGGUACAGGGCUGGAUUGGGUAGGGAGGAGCCCAGCUGGGCUAGGGGUGGAGCCACCAGUUCAGUGUUUAGGGACUCAGAACCAGAGAAGGAUCACGCUCGUUAAGCAUAGCUGGGGCUGAAGUCCCUAUGGCCUUCCGGCUGGAGGCUAGCAUUCUGGAGGACAGUUGGGACUUGGUUUUCUCUGCAGUACAGUGGAUACAAUUUGCUAUGGCUACUCUGAGUGUUAUAGGUUCAAGUUCACUUAUUGCCUCUGCUGUAUUCCAGAAUAUACAGAAAUCUCCUGAGGUAAGGCCACUCUUUUAUAUGAGCUUUUCUGACCUCCUCCUGGGGAUAUGCCGGCUCAUUGAGGCACUUCUCUAUGGAACUUCAGCAGCCAAUAAGGACAUUGUUUGCUAUAACCUGCAAGCAGUUGGACAGAUAUUCUACAUUUCCUCAUCUUUUUACACCGUCAAUUACAUCUGGUAUCUGUACAAAGAGCUGAGGAUGAGACACAACCAGAGUGGACAGAACACAUUUGCACUGGUUGUAGAUUAUACUUGUCAUGUUGGUCAAAUAGCCAUCAUUUUGUCAAGCCUGAUACCUCUGCUGUUGAUGAUACCUGUAUUCUGUCUGGGCAAUGUCAGUGAAUGUUUCCGCAACUUCAGUCAGAGCCACAGGUAUAUUCUGAUGUAUUCACCAUCGUCAGCCAUGGCUGAACUGCCUUCUGUCAACACAUCAGUCUGUACCACACUUUAUUUUUAUGGGAUCACCAUUUUCCUGACCAGCUUUCUCCUCAGCCUCCUUGCUAUUGUGGUCUUACUCAUCCAAACCCAGACCCUAUAUAAGAAGUUUGUGAAAUCGACUGGCUUUCUGGGGACUGAACAGUGGGCAGUGAUUCACAUCGUGGAACAGCGAGUGCGCUUCUAUCCAGUGGCCUUCUUUUGCUGCUGGGGCCCAGCCGUCAUUCUGAUAAUCAUGAAGUUGACUAAGACACAGAACACGAAGCUUCACAUGGCCCUCGGUGUUCUCCAGGCUCUAACAGCAUCAUCCCAGGGUCUGCUCAACUGUGGAGUAUAUGGCUGGACACAGUACAAGUUCUACCAACUAAAGCAAGAGGCUCGGCGUGAUGCAGACACCCAAACACCAUUACUAUGCUCACAGAAGAGAUUCUAUAGCAGGGGCCUAGAUACAGUGGAGUCUACCCUUGCUUUUGCUACCAGCCCUCCACCAUUCUUUGAAACUGUAAUACUGGAACAUCCAGGAACCGGAGUUAUUCCACACUAAUGGAUUGGGAAGAGUGUUGGGGAACAUCUCCAGUCUUUUCCAACCAUGCCUUGAACUAUGGAAGGGAAAGAGGAUGUAGUGCGUGGUUAGUGGCUUUUCUCAUUGAAUUGGGCAGGAUCUCUCCAGUAUUCUCAGAUUCACUUUUGAUUCUCAGAGUCUUAUUCAGAGAGAUGAAGCCACUGUCCUAUGAAAUAGACUCCUAUUACCUCAGUGAAUAUUAGAUUUGUUUAAAUCUCUUGUAGAUAAAUUCUAGGUUAUUAUUUAUGUGUGCCCUUUCCAGGCUCUCUACUCUGUGAUUGUGGGGGAAGUAGGGUGACAUACAACAACUUGCUCAGAUUUUGCCAGUAUUGUUACUCUAAGACCAGACAAAGAAAAUCCUGGGUUUCUGUUCUUUGAAGGUUUCUGAGACUCAGAAGAAACAAAGACAAUAACUACCAAAAAAGUGACCAUGGGAUCCUCAGGCACAUCCUACUCUGUUAUUUGCUCAGUGCUGUUUCAAGUCUCAACAGAAGGGACCAUCUGCUCUAGAAAAUUAAGGCCAGUCUUACAAAGUUACAGAGGAUAAUAAGAUUUAAGAGAAAUCAGGAUUAAAAGAAACUUUAGAUAUCAAAAACUCUCAACUCCAUUUAUAAGCAGAAGUCCAAAGAUAGGUUUCAUAGUGCCUGAACAUAGAAUUAGGUUAAACCAUGUGAACUUGCCAUUUUUAUAGGUGAAGAAGGCCUAAUAUCAAUUUUACAUGGUUCGACCUACUGCUAAGUGCUAAAUGUAUGUUUAUAGACAAAAAAAUGAACGAACAAGUGAAUGAAUGGCUAGUAAGGAGAAUUUGAACCUUUUGGGAAAGAAAAGAUUUCCAGCCUGCAGAGUCACAUUCAUAGUAGGAAUGUCUAAUCCGUUUCUUUAACUAUACAAGUGAUGUUUGGUCUCUCCAGUUAAGUCAUGAACAAGUCUGAGGCCAGGGCAUCAUAUACUAUGAUGCCCAAAGAAAGAGGAAAGCCAAAUGGACAAAGUGGCUGGAAUGAGAAUCAACUACAACACCUAGAGUUAAUAAUCAGAUGCUUCUCACCUGAUAUACUCCUUUGGUUUGUCCAAGGAAAAAUCCUUAAGAUUAGAGAAAAUUUACAGAGUAGAUUACAGUGGGGGAUUAGACAGGAUGCUCUGAAACGUAAGUUCCAGAGAUCGUUCCAAAGGAACUCUCUACAGAAAUGUUAGGGAGCUCACAGUAACAGCUUAAACAUUAAAAAAAAAAUCACAUCUUGAGGCCUCUCAUUGCCCCAGAGCUCUGGAGACCUGAUUUCUGGAUAGCACAGAACAGGAAAGAUUGCUUCACCAAGGGAGCUGCUUUAACCUCUUUUAAUUUAAAAAUGAAUAAGUAUUUGACAUUUGAAGAGACAGAUGGAAAAAAGAAAGAAUUUCUAUUUCCAUAGACCUUGAGGGACACCAGAACUACAGAGUCCAAUUGUUAAAAAGUCCUUUUAGUGUCACUUCAUAUUUGGCUUUAUUACCAGAAAGAGGGUAAUUAUCAAAUGUUUGUCAAGUUUGUUCAUCUUGCUUCUCUGAUGAAUUUUUAAAUUGACACUGGUCUUACAUCUUCUAUAGAUGUAAGCAAAUAAAUAGAUAGUAGGAAUGAGGAAUUGUAAAAGGCUAGGCAAGAUCCAAAUUAGUAUUACCAGCUUUUUAUCAUACUGAGAAUCAGAGGGGACACGUAGAACUGGGCCACUAUUCAAACUGUCCCUAUAACCUUUAGAUUCACAUGUAGGAAGGGUAUAGACAGAUAUAGUGGCAGUUCUUAAAAUUGUUGCAAAUACCCCUCCAUGACACUUGUCCAGGCUGUAGUCAUAAUGGAGUAUAGUGGUUUUAUCUAAGCAGGUUUGAUUAAUAUAGACCAUUUUGAGUACCAUCCUUCAUCUCCCUGUCAUCAAUUCUGUCUGUGGCUUCAGAAAACUGUGCAUUCCAAUACCACAUGUCCCACAUGGGGAACUGGGUGUUUGAUGUUUUUCAGUUCAGUCAGUAGCUUUUCACAUUUUGCAUCUUUGGCCUUGCAGUUAAUGAAGAUCUUAACCAUCCCUUUAGAUUCACUGCCACAGUUUCUAAACCUGCCACUCUUGGUAUUUGGGUAAUGAUAUCAACUUUCUAGGCAACCUUUGUGCCCUUUCCAAAGAUUUUAACACACUGAUUCUCUGUGCUUUAACACCAGGCCUGCUAACGGUAACCUUGUUCUUUUUAAGGUGUGCUGUCUUGCUGGUAGAUGUCUGUCUGGCACCACCUUGAGGUGCCAUUACUGUGUUCUGGGAGGUCACACUCAUCUACACUGAGGCAGCACUUUCUACCUUUAGAAAUAUGCAGGUUUUGGAGAAGGAUCCAAGUGUGCAGUCUGAAACCUUUCUUCAGCUGGCAUGAGGGCAGACAACAAUGAUCCUUUUAACAAUCACUGCCACAAUCACAUUCUUUUCCUUUAUCUAUUGUCUUUUUUUUUUUUUUUUUUUUUUUUUUUUACAAUAUGGCUUUCCAAAGGAGCUUUGGAGCUCAGGUUUAUUAAACAGACAGUUCCCUCAGUGCUUGUACAACAGCUGGUGGAAGUUGUCAAAGCUGCAGUUGCUGAAGCCCAUAUCUACAGUAAGAAAUUCAUUCAUAGGGCAGAGGUUCUGGCUAUGACACUUGCAGGCCACGUGGUCAUGCUUCAUUCCCAAGUUUUGGCCAAGCUCAUGAGCCACAAAAGCUGGGAAAUGUGGUAUAUUUUCAUGAGAUAAGGAUUCAGUACUGGUUGCAUUCUCAGCACUGCAGAUAACAUUAAGAAAUGCAUGGUCCUCAUAGUUCCCAAGACUUUGGCUUAAUGAUCAUAUGAGUAACAUUAUGCUUCACCCUUCUCAAAAGAUGCCAGUCUGUCUAGCAGUUAAAAAUUUGAAGUGUUUCUUACAAAUUCAGGGAGAUUUUCUGGUUUCUCUGUGUCCAUAUCUUUAACCCAGUAAAUAAUACUGUCACGUUUACUUCCUUCAUGUACCAGUUAACCAUAGCAUGAACAUCCAUUACCAUCUGUGUUGUCUUGGUAACAUUAUUCCACAUUUGGAACUGCUUGUUGUCAACCACAGUAAACAUUUCUGCAUACUUGGGAAGUGACUACAUUUAGGACAUUGGAAACGAGGAGGGUUCUAUUUUGCUGUGAAAUUGUGAAGUGGUUAAGAGCUCCUCCUGUUCAUCUCCACUGACUACAUAAGACUAACCUGAUUUUAAAGAUAUGCUGAAAACCACAUGCCCAAAAUUCUUUGAAGUGUAUAUAGGUUUGAUGCCAAAGACAAUGUCAUGUAAGGUCAGGAUUCCCUUUAUAGCCCAGCAAGUGCUGAUAAUAACAAGAGAAUGCAGGUCACCCUCUGAAUACCCAGUCGUCCUGAAUAAAAGGCAUGAUCCAAGCUUAGUUUUUCAUUUUGAUGUUUAUAAACAGAGAAGUUCUUGACAAAUAUCCCUAAACCUUAUCAAUGACCAUUUGAUUUCAUAGAGGAAAGGGCAGAAGGGAGGCAAAAUAACUAGGGUUGUCAUUGUCAUGGCCCAGUUGAAGCAACUAAUGAUCCUGCACUUCUGUCUCAGUUGCGUUCCCCAAGAUCCAGAUCUUUGUCCACGAUGCAGUUGUUUGGCCAAAGCUCAAAGCUUUGCUGCCUGUCAGAAGGAUAGCUGCCCCAAGCCUGAACAUCACAUGAUGACAUCUGCUAUUUGAUUGUGCCUCCUCCUACUCUUGUUUUGCUCUGUCUUCUCAGUAGUGUCCUUACUUUGUAACCCUCAUCAAAGCACAACAAUUGUGCUGCUUAGCUGAACUCCUGCUGUCUUUAUAGAGGAGUAUACCAAGGAGAGGAUCCUGCCUUUUUCAGAGAUCCUGCCAAUACUGUUUCAGAGAUCCUGCCAAUACUGUUACUCAGCAUCAAGCCCCAAGGAAAGAAAAAGAUACAACCUUCUUCCUUUAGUCCUAGUCGUAGUCCUCAUGGGACAGUCUUCCCCUCCUGUCAUUCAUUGUUCUUUUGAGUCAUUGAAACCAAAGGUUUCAGGAGCAGGGGUUUGUGGAUUUCCGGGUAGGUCACAGGCCUCUGCUGUUGAAUGCAUUUUGCAUCAUUCCCUACUGUGUACUCUACAGCCCUUUUCAAACCCUCAGUCCUUUUUUUUCUUUCUUUCUUUCUUUCUUUCUUUCUUUCUUUCUUUCUUUCUUUCUUUCUCUCUUUCUCUCUUUCUCUUUCUCUUUCUCUGUCUUUCUUUCUUUCUCAUGAUAUGUUUAUUGGUUUCUUCCUAGAAUACAUGAAAAGUGUUUUUAGAAUAACUAAUCCAUGCCUCUCUGAAAAGCAGGUAUAUGGGGGUGCCUGGGUGGCUCAGUCAGUUGAGCGUCCAACUUCAACUCAGGUCAUGAUCUCGCGGUUUGUGGGUUCAAGCCCCAUGUCGGGUUCUGUGCUGACAGCUCAGAGCCUGGAGCCUGCUUCGUAUUCUGUGUCUCCUCUUCCCCUCCCAUGUUCAUGCUCUGUCUCAAUAAUAAAUAAAUGUUAAAAAAAAUUUUUUUAAAAAGAAAAGAAAAACAGAUACAUGAACUGGAGAAUGGUAUGAGGUCAAAAUAAUGUUUUCCAAAAUUAUUUCAGUUAGUACUUCUGUAUCUAGACCUAUCCUGUCUGAUGAUAUUAUUCCUUUUGGAUACAGUUAAGUUCAUAUGUUACUAUUUGUAUUUCACUUUGGGUUUGCCCUCACAUUUUGGAUGAUGAUGAGUAUUUGGGGGACAUGUGAAAUAUUACCAUGAUUCUAAAACUCAGUACUAUCCCAAAAAUGUACCCAAAAGUACACCUCCUUGAGCCUUUAAUCUGUUCCUGUAUCCUACUUCUUUCCAUCCAGUUACCAACCACCAAUCUUAAUAGUACUCAAGUUUAUUUUUCCUGUAUUUCUUCCUGCACAAAUUAACAGAUACAUGUAUAUUUUCUUAUAGCCUCUUCUUUAUUAUGUAAAGGUAGCAUAACAUUUUCCACUUUCCUUUUUAAAGUUACAUCCUAUAAAUUAUUUCCAUAGCAGGUCAAUGAAAUCUUCCUCAUUCUCUCUCUCUUUUACUGGUGCAUAGUAUCCAUAUUGUGGAUGUAAUUUAUUUAAUCACUCUCCUAUGUGUGGGCUUUUCAGUUGUUUACAUUAUUUUGAAAUUACACCAAUACAUCAACAAAUAACCUUACACAUAUGUAUUUUUGUGGAGGCAAGUUCCUCCAAAAUGGGAAGGCAGUGCCCAAAGCUAACUGCAUAUGUAGCUUUGUUUGAUAUUGCCAAAGUCCCCUUCAGAAGGGUUUUGCCAGUUGCAUUCCCACUAGCAAUGUAUUAGAGUGCCUAUUUUCCCACAUUGUAAGUAACAGAGUUAUGUUACCAUUUCAUAAAUUUUAAUUUUCACCAAAUAGGUAAGAAGUGGCAUCUUACUGUUGUUUAAGUUGUAUUUUUCUAAUUUUGAAUGAAUUUGAACAUGUUUGAAUAUGUUUAAGGCCGUUUUUAUAUCUUUUAAUAGUUAUCUCUUCAUGUCCUUCCCCCUUUUUCUAUCAAGCUUUUGGUCUUUUUUCUCCCUAACCUUUUUCCCCAGCUUUAUUAAGGUAUAAUUCAUGAAGAAAAUCACAUAUAUAUUAAACUGUACAACAUGCUGACUUAUGUAUAUAUGUAUAAAAUAUAUAUUAAAUAUAUUUAUGUAAAUAUAAAUUUUCUAAAAGGCAAAGGAGCUAGAAGAGUUAAAAUAAUUUCCAAGAAGUGGCGCCUGGGUGGUUCAUUCAGUUAAGCAUUCAACUCUUGAUUUUAGCUUAGGUCAUGAUCUCACGGUUCAUGAGUUUGAGCCCCUCAUCAGGCUCUGAGUUGAUGGCACAGAGCCUGCUUGGGAUUUUCUGUCCCUUCUCUCUGCCCCUCUCCCACUCAUGCUCUCUAUCUAAAACUAAAUAAAUUAAAAAAAAAAAUUUAAAAUAUAAUUUUGGAGAAUAACAUGAAAGGAACCAGUAUAUUCAAUUUGAAGACUGUGUGGUAUUGGUGAUGAGACAGAUACACAGAUCAAUCAAACAGAAAAGAGAACUCACACAUGUAUGGCCAACUAAUUUUUGACAGAGAGGCAAAAGCAAUUGCAUAGAGGAAAGACACAGUCUUUUCAACAUAUGAUGCUGGAAAAUUAGACAUACAUAGACAAAAAAAUGACCUCAAGCUAAACCUCACAUUUUAUACAAAAAUCACUCCUAAAUGGGUCAUAGACUUAAAUAUAAAAUAUAAAACUAUGAAAAUUUUUAGGAGAAAAUAUAGAACAUCUUUAGGACUUGGGGAGGAAUUCUUAAACGUGAUACCAAAAGUGUGAUCCAUAAAAGAAAUCCAUAAAUUGGACCUCAUCAAAGCUAAAAAAAAAAAAAAAAUUCUUAAUUUAGAAAAGAUUCUGUUAAGA